AUGCAGAGUUCUACCAAUUCUGAUACCUCUGCAGAAAAUCUGAAUUCUUCCCACCAAAGCACAGGAGCUGUACAAAUGAGGAUCAAAAAUGCCAACAGUCACCAUGACAGACUGAGCCAAAGUAAAUCCAUGAUCCUUACCGAUAUUGGGAAGGCCACUGAACCUAUCUCUCGGCACAGGAGAAAUCAUUCCCAGCAUGCCAUGAAGGACAUCAUUACCCCUCUGGAACAAUUGAUGGUUGAAAAGGAAGGAUAUCUCCAAAAAGCCAAAAUUGCAGAUGGAGGCAAGAAACUAAGGAAAAACUGGUCUACUUCCUGGAUUGUCCUUUCUAAUCGGAAAAUAGAAUUCUACAAAGAGUCUAAGCAACAAGCUCAUUCUAAUCUGAAAACAGGAUACAAACCAGAAUGUGUGGAUUUAUGUGGAGCACAUAUUGAAUGGACCAAAGAAAAAUCAAGCAGAAAAAAUGUAUUUCAGAUCACAACAGUAUCAGGAAAUGAGUUCCUUCUUCAGUCAGAUAUCGACUUCAUCAUAUUGGAUUGGUUCCAUGCAAUCAAAAAUGCAAUUGACAGAUUGCCAAAGGAUCAAAGUUGUACAUCCAGAAAUUUGGAGCUAUUCAAAAUCCAGAGGUCUUCUAGUGCUGAAUUGCUAGAUCAUUUUGGCAGAGAAGUAAAGGAACAAAAACCUGAACACAGAAAAUCUUUAAUAUUCAGACUACAGCACAGUGUUUCUGAUACAAGUGACAAAAGCAGAGUCAAAAGCAGAUUGAAGAAAUUUAUUACUCGACGACCUUCUCUGAAAACUCUACAAGAAAAAGGACUUAUUAAAGAUCAAAUUUUUGGCUCUCAUCUGCACAAAGUGUGUGAACGUGAAAAUUCCACAGUACCUCAGUUUGUAAAGCAAUGCAUUGAGGCUGUUGAAAAAAGAGGUCUGGAUGUUGAUGGAAUAUAUCGAGUUAGUGGCAAUCUGGCAACAAUACAGAAGCUACGAUUUAUUGUCAAUCAAGAAGAGAAGCUGAAUUUGGACGACAGCCAGUGGGAGGACAUCCACGUUGUCACCGGAGCACUGAAGAUGUUUUUCCGGGAGCUGCCUGAGCCGCUGUUCCCAUACUGCUUCUUUGAACAGUUUGUGGAGGCAAUAAAAAAACAAGACAACAACAUGAGAAUUGAAGCUGUAAAGGCUCUGGUGCAAAAGCUUCCUCCACCAAAUCGUGACACAAUGAAAAUCCUGUUUGGACAUUUAACUAAGAUAGUAGCCAAAGCCUCAAAGAACCUCAUGUCCACCCAAAGUUUAGGAAUUGUAUUUGGGCCCACACUUCUGCGGGCUGAAAAUGAGACUGGGAAUAUGGCAGUCCACAUGGUGUACCAAAACCAAAUAGCAGAACUCAUGCUAAGUGAGUACAAGAAGAUCUUCAGCUCUAAGGAAGACUGA